CAGUGGUUUAUGGGAUACUGCAGGAAAUAGUUUGUUCCUUGAUGCCCUUGUACUUUUACACAGUAAGGAAGAAACUGUGAAAUCAGUCAAGAUGUUCAGAGCCUUCCUGGGUCUCCGUCAGCUCUCGCAGCGGACGCUCAGCACCACGGCCCGCAGGCAGGUCCAAAAUAAGGUCCCGGAGAAGCAGAAGAUCUUCCAGGAAGACAAUGGGAUUCCAGUGUACUUGAAAGGAGGGGCAGGAGACACUGUUCUGUACAAGUGUACAAUGGCCCUUACUGUUCUAGGAACAGGUUUCGUGGUAUAUGAACUGGUCAGUGCAGCAUUGCCCAAGAAGAAGAAGUGAUUCCCUUCAUUGAAGAUCCAGAUGUAUAACUUUCAAAUGACUUGGUCCAAUUGUAAAAAUUCCAUGUUAUCUUCAGGGAGCUGAUUUGUCCUUGUCAUAAUGGGCUUUUUCAUGUGUAAUGGGAUCAAUAUUUAUUAAUUGUACUGUAUCAACUGCAAACAAUAAAGGCAGUACCCCUUAAACUUUUAA